UCUAUCAAGCAUUUUUUUAAUUUUUUUUUUAUUUUGUGAUUUUCAGAUCAAGUUAGAUUUUGAUAAUGCACAGAGAGGGACUGCUUCCCUCCAUACUUAAUGCCACGUUUGUUCGACCUGCAAAGUUCUACCUUGGUGGGUUUUAUAACAUCCCUCAUGUGAAGUAUUACUAUGUCUUCUUGUGUUUUGUGUACAUCAUGACUGUGCUUGGCAAUGGUUUUCUCCUCUCUGUUAUCUACCUGGUCAAGACUCUUCACACCCCCAAAUACAUAAUAGUGUUCAACUUAGCUUUUAUUGAUCUUUGUGGGAGCACUGCUCUCAUUCCAAAACUGUUGGACACCUUUUUGUUUAACAGGAGGUACAUUGUUUAUGAGGCAUGCCUAAGUUACCUGUUCUUUGUCUUUUUCUUUGGAAGUUUACAGUCAUGGACACUUGUCACAAUGGCAUAUGACAGAUUAAUAGCAAUUUGCUUUCCAUUAAGAUACAACAGCAUUAUAACAACAACAUCUGUGGUUGCAAUACUCCUGUUUUCAUGGAUCUCUUUGCUGAUUGUGUUUGCAGUCUACGUGGGACUUCUUAAUCGCCUUUCUUUCUGUGGAUCUAUAGUGAUACAAAGUUUUUUCUGUGAUCAUGGACCAAUAUAUCGUCUGGCCUGCAAUGAUACAUCUAUCAAUUUCAUAAUGGGUUUACUUGCCUUUACUAUAAUCAUUUGCAUUCCCCUUGUACUUAUAGCUAUGUCCUACGUUUCCAUUUAUAUUGUGCUGAGGAAGACUACAUCCAGGGAAGAACGGCGAAGAGCAUGGAAAACAUGUAUUGCUCAUCUGAUUCUCAUUGCUCUUUUCUUCCUGCCAUAUUUGGGAACAAAUUUGGCUGUACUUAUUUCCAAUAUUCAUCCCAAUGCUAGGAUAAUUAACGCAAGUCUGUCACACACAGUUGCCUCACUGCUUAAUCCUAUUAUAUACUCUUUGAAGACAGAGGAAGUGGUGAAUGCUAUUAGGAAGCUUAGUAAAAGAAAAAUAAUCAAAAACAUAACCACAAAAUAGUGAACUCUCAUAUAAUAUUUAGUGCACUAAAAUGUACCUUCAUAAAUUGAUAUCACAUUGUGACCUUUCAUUUAUGGGCUGCAUUUCUGUGUUUAAAAAUAAAAUAAAAUAAAACAGUACAGUGUCAAAGACAAUGUAAAUCCACUGCACAAUCAUUAAUCUCUCUUGAUCAAAUACUAUAAAGAUUGCCAUAGCUUUGCUUCAGCCCAGCAUUGUAGAGCUACAUAUACUCUUGGUGUCAUAUAUCUAUUCUAGGCAUUCACCAAAACGACUGGACCAUGGAAACACUAUUUAAAAUAUGUAGUAGAGGGCUUCUUUUAAUUUUGCAUUAGGCCU